AUGACCAAAUUUUUUGCGGAUACAUCAAGCAUUUUGAAGAAAGACGAAGCUAAGAGUGGAAUAACAAAGAAGAUUUUCGAAGAAGAGAAGGAAGCAGUGAAUACAACCAAAGCUGACCUUCAAAAGCUGCAAAAGGCAGCGGUCAUCGCAUCUAAUGCAUACAGAAAGACUUCAACAUAUUUGCAGAGUAUAAGGAAAGGAAAUUACAAAAAUGAAACAUCGAAUGAUGCUGAAAUUACGCAGGCGUAUUGGAAGGCUCGUUAUGAUUUUGACAACGGCACAAGGAUACUACUGAACAAAAUAAAACAAUUAGAAAUGAGCCGGAUUGAAUUUUUAAUGUUUCAAACCCCAGAAUACAGAAUAAACUGGCUCCUGGAUGAAAUGAAGGAAGAUGCCAAGCAGUAUUAUUGAAGUAAGUUUUUACUUAGAUCCUCAGCGUGUUUUAAAUUACUAACUAACUGCACAAGUGAAUAUGAACUUGAAGAUGGAUUUCGAGGUUAGCUGAAAUCAGCUAGAUGAAUUUUUGAGUAACAAUGAAUUUCUCUUCACUCGCAUUUCUUGAUUACUCAUCAGUGAACAGGCACAUGAUGCCCGAGCUACUGGGCGAUCGGCCAUAUGAUCACAGUCGGUGGCUGCACCCAAUAUCAGGUUUGUAACAACUUUUGAGAACAUCGUAAAUUAUAGUAGUGCUUCGCAUAGCUGAUUUCCUGUGAGGGGAAUUGUAACUUGGAAUCAACCAGAUAAUGUACACACUGAAUAUGUGUUUCAAUAUACACUGGAACUAAUGCUUUAUGACUAGUGUCAUUGUUUGUUAGAUGAAAAUUGGGGAAAAUAAUUUCUGCUAUACAAGAUACGUGUCUAGUUUCAACUCACUGUUGCUCUAUUUCUGGUUUCAUUCUGUUUCAGCUGCAGGAAAGUGAAUUCGAUUCC